GGCUAUAGGUCCUAGGGUUUCGCAGAGAUUUUGUUGGAAGUCUGAGCUUUGAUUCUUUGCACGUUGUCAUGAAAUUGAUUUGAGCAGAGGACUGAAGUUUGUGGAAUUGAAGGAAUUUACUACGCCAUGGCGGAGGGCGGCAAACCCGACGAAGGCGAUGGCGGUGCCAAAUCGAACGGGAUUGAGCAGGCAGGUGGUAUUGUCGUUGUAGCUGGUCCAUCGUAUGUCGAGCUCGUUGAGUCUCAGGAGAAAUCAGGUCAAUCUGAGAAAGGGGAAGAAACAGCUGCUGAGGUAGAUUCUGAGAAGACUAGUUUCGCUAUUGGCGCACGGGUGGCAUGUUUGUCAACCUGGGACAAUCUGUAUCAUUCGGCUGAAGUCGUGGAUCGACGAGAGGCAAAAGCAGGGUUUGAAUAUUAUGUUCACUAUCUUGAGUAUAACAAGAGGUUAGAUGAAUGGUUACCUAGCACUCGUGUUGAGAAAUGGAGACCGGACAUUGUACCUCCUUUGAAAUCGGCAAUGGCCGAGAAACUGUCACCCUUGGUCAUGCCAGCAUUGCCUGGUCUAGUUGGCCCUGGAGCCGUAGAUACACAAAGAGACACUCCAGGGACUGCAGAUCGCAAGCUGACUCGUAACUUGAAAAGGCGUUAUGAUGAAAUUCAUAAUGUUCCCAAGCCUAUGGACGAGUUGGCACCACUUGAUCAAUCUUUAGAGAAAGAACAUGAGGAGAAGACAAAAGUAAAAAAUAUCCAGGUAGUGGAGUUGGGCAAGUAUGAGAUUGAUACCUGGUAUUAUUCGCCCUAUCCUGAAGAAUACGCUCACGAACACAAGCUUUACAUCUGUGAGUUCUGUCUGAAAUACAUGAAGAAGAAAAAGAGUGUUGAAAGGCACAAGAUAAAAUGCGAGCUGAAACAACCUCCAGGAGAUGAUAUUUAUAAAAUGACUGCACCCUUCCAGGAGAAACUCGCAAAUGCUGAGGGGACUGUUGUGGAGGAUAUACCUACAACUACUGGGACUGAUAUGUCUCCGCAUGGAAAGGCUCAGCAGCUCUCUAUGUUUGAAGUCGAUGGAAGAAAGAGCAAGAUGUAUUGUCAGAAUUUGUGUCUGCUGGCCAAGCUAUUUCUAGACCAUAAAACACUAUAUUACGAUGUGGAUUCAUUCCUAUUCUAUAUAUUGACGGAGAACGAUGCAUUUGGAAGUCAUCUGGUUGGUUAUUUUUCCAAGGAAAAAUACUCUGCAGAAGAUUAUAAUUUAGCAUGCAUAUUGACUUUACCUCCUUUUCAACGUAAAGGGUACGGGCGUUUUCUAAUUUCUUUCGCUUACGAAUUAUCUAAAAAAGAAGGCAAAGUUGGAACUCCAGAGCGUCCACUGUCAGAUCUUGGCCAGGUGAGUUUUAGGAGUUAUUGGACUCGUGUACUAUUAGAAAUUCUCCGUGAUCACCACAAUGUCUCCAUUAAGGACCUCACUGCUAUGACUUCCAUACGAUAUGAAGACGUCGUCACCACCUUGCAGACUUUGAACUUGAUCAAGUACUGGAAAGGACAAUAUAUUAUUUCUGUCACUGCUAAGCAUAUCGAUGAACACCUUAAGACUCUGAGCUCACAGCCAAACUGGUCAAUCGAUGCAAGCAAAAUUCAAUGGACCCCAGGAAUCACUCCUCCCAUACGACGGCCGAAGUAGAUCUUACAAUCGACAUCAGGAUUCUGCUCACGCCAGCCUUUAUAAAUACUUUUUUAAAGUGCUGAGCUCAUGGUACUGAAGUUGCAAUCCAUUGGUCGACAAUGUGGGUGGAAAAGUUUUUGUCCUCUUCCUUGGUCCACCUCAUGGCGCCAAAGCCACAUCAUCAAUAUUGUGGUUAUCCUCAUGCAUGAUUUAAGGAUCUUUUAUGUCCUUCGUUGCCAAACGAUAAUUGUGGCUCAUAAGGAUUCACCAAACUCGCCAAGAUCUUGAAGGUUUAUUAUGACUAUUAUUGUUAUGUUUGAAGCAUUAUUUUUGGCAAGUGAUCUCGCAAUUAACUUGUAACUUCAAGGAUUAUGUUGAGCAUUACCUGAAAGCUCAUAAAAUAAAAUAAAAAAUUGAAAGAGUUUUCAAAAUGUA